AAUGGUCAGAUAUAACUGCCUACUUGCUGUACUUAUUUGUCUCGAUAUGGCCUCUCUCGCUGCCGCCAAUUUUUCCAAUUCGGCAAAGCUCCAUAGGCCGAAACGAUGGUUGAUUUUUCCAAAAGGAAGCUCACUUCAGUUGGUUUAUUGUUUUCUAAUUUCGACCUAUGGCACAAAAGAUGGGAUUUUCACCGUCGGUUUUACAGUGGGCCUCGCUUGGGAAAUACCCGUGGACGUGCGAAAGUACAUUUUCAACAACGGGAAGAGCAAAGUGCACGACAAAGACCGGAGAGACCUUUUCAAAAAAAUAGAGAAAUUCGUCGACAAGCAAAGCGGACAAGGCGAGUCUUGCGUUUUGCGAGCAAUUUGUGAAACUAAAAACCGACCAGUGAAGAAACUGACUUUCACGGAAACGAUUGUAUCUGAAAUUUUCAGAUUGGAAAACAGAGAUUUUUGGACAAUGCAUCCAAAAUAUCACGAUGCCGCUAAGAUUUCGCAGACCUGUCAUCACGAGUACCCCUGUAGGUUUUCCGUUUAUUCCCCUUGAAAUCCUUAGACAAGA